AUGGCUUACAAACCAGGAGAUCCCGGGCUGCAGAGCGUGCUCCUGGGCUCCCAGCGAGAAAACAGUGAGGAGGAAGAGGAGGAGGAGGAGGAGGAGAAUGAUGGCAAUGAGAAUGGUGAGGAUGACGAUGAUAGGUAUAAUGAUUAUGAUGAUGAUAGUGACGGUGAAAAGGAUGGGAUACCCCUGUGCCUUAUGGCCUCUGGAGUCCAAGGAUUCCUUAAGGAGGAGCAGGUAUUUGGGCUGUCCUUGGAGGAUGAGGGAGAGACUAGGAAAUUGUGCAAUAAUCUUAACUUGGGCCAGAUUGGAAACCUGGAAAAUUACUACCAUUUUUAUCAUAGCAAAACCUUUAAAAGAUCGACUUUGAGCAGCAGAGGCCCUCAUACCUUCCUCAGGAUGGACCCCCAGGUGAAAUGGCUCCAACAACAAGAAGUUAAACGCAGGGUGAAGAGGCAGGUGCGAGGUGACCCUCAGGCCCUCUAUUUCAACGACCCCAUUUGGUCCAACAUGUGGUACAUGCACUGUGGCGACAAGAACAGCCGCUGCCGGUCAGAAAUGAACGUCCAGGCAGCGUGGAAGAAGGGCUACACGGGCAAAAAUGUGGUGGUCACCAUCCUUGAUGAUGGCAUAGAGAGGAAUCACCCCGACCUGGCCCCGAAUUAUGAUUCCUACGCCAGCUAUGAUGUCAACGGAAAUGAUUAUGACCCAUCCCCACGAUAUGAUGCCAGCAAUGAAAAUAAACACGGCACCCGGUGCGCAGGAGAGGUCGCUGCUUCAGCCAACAACUCAUACUGCAUCGUGGGCAUAGCAUACAAUGCGAAAAUAGGAGGCAUCCGCAUGCUGGACGGCGACGUGACGGAUGUGGUGGAGGCCAAGUCUCUGGGCAUCAGACCCAACUACAUCGACAUUUACAGCGCGAGCUGGGGGCCGGACGACGACGGGAAGACCGUGGACGGGCCUGGCCGCCUGGCUAAACAAGCCUUUGAGUAUGGCAUUAAAAAGGGUCGGCAGGGCCUGGGCUCCAUUUUCGUCUGGGCAUCUGGGAAUGGCGGGAGAGAGGGGGACCACUGUUCCUGUGAUGGCUACACCAACAGCAUCUACACCAUCUCCGUGAGCAGCACUACCGAGAACGGCUACAAGCCGUGGUACCUGGAAGAGUGUGCGUCCACCCUGGCCACCACCUACAGCAGCGGGGCAUUCUACGAGCGGAAAAUUGUCACCACGGAUCUGCGCCAGCGCUGUACCGACGGCCACACUGGGACCUCGGUUUCAGCCCCCAUGGUGGCGGGCAUCAUCGCCUUGGCUUUAGAAGCAAACAGCCAGUUAACCUGGAGGGACGUCCAGCACCUGCUGGUGAAGACAUCCAGGCCGGCGCACCUGAAAGCAAAUGAUUGGAAAGUCAACGGUGCUGGUCAUAAAGUUAGCCAUCUCUAUGGAUUUGGCUUGGUGGACGCGGAAGCCCUCGUCACGGAGGCGAAGAAAUGGACGGCGGUGCCCUCCCAGCACAUGUGUGUCGCCACCACAGACAAGAGGCCCAGGAGCAUCCCUGUGGUGCAGACGCUUCGGACCACCGCCCUGACCACUGCCUGUGCGGACCACUCAGACCAGCGUGUGGGUUACCUGGAGCAUGUGGUGGCUCGCAUCUCUAUUUCCCACCCACGCAGGGGAGACCUCCAGAUCCACCUCAUUUCUCCCUCAGGAACCAAGUCUCAACUCUUGGCAAAGAGAUUGCUGGAUCAUUCCAAUGAAGGGUUUACAAACUGGGAAUUCAUGACCGUGCACUGCUGGGGAGAAAAGGCCGAGGGGGAAUGGACCUUGGAAAUCCAAGACAUGCCGUCCCAGGUCCGCAACCCCGAGAAGCAAGGGAAAUUGAAAGAAUGGAGCCUCAUCUUGUACGGCACAGCGGAGCACCCAUACAACACUUUCAUUUCCCAUCAGUCUCGCUCUCGGAUGCUGGAGCUUUCGACCCCGGAGCUGGAGCCACCCAAGGCCGCUCUGUCACCGCCCCAGGCCGAGGUUCCUGAGGACGAAGAAGACUACACAGCUCCUUCCACCCAGGGCUCUCCUAAUAUCUUACAGACCAGUGUGUGCCAUCCGGAGUGUGGUGACAAAGGCUGUGAUGGCCCCAAUGCAGACCAGUGCUUGAACUGUGUCCACUUCAGCCUGGGGAGUGCCAAGACCAGCAGGAAAUGCGUGAACACGUGCCCUCCAGGCUACUUUGGGGACACAGCAGCGAGACGCUGUCGCCGGUGCUACAAGGGGUGUGAGACCUGCUCGGGCAGGAGCCCAACCCAGUGCCUGUCCUGCCGCCGUGGGUUCUAUCACCAUCAGGAGAUGAACACCUGUGUGACGUUCUGUCCUGCUGGAUUUUAUGCCGAUGAAAGUCAGAAAAAUUGCCUUAAAUGCCACCCAAGCUGUAGGAAGUGUGUUGAUGAACCAGAGAAAUGUACUGUCUGUAAAGAAGGAUUCAGGUUUGCACUGGGCAGACAUCUGCUUCUGUCCCUGCACUCCUCAGGGCCCAGCAGAGAAGAAUGUAUUCACUGUGCAGCAAACUUCCACUUCCAAGACUGGAAAUGUGUGCCAGCCUGUGGCGAAGGUUUCUACCCAGAGGAGAUGCCAGGCUUGCCCCACAAAGUGUGCCGAAGGUGUGACGAGAGCUGCCUGAGCUGUGAAGGCUCCAGCAGGAACUGUAGCAGGUGUAAGACAGGCUUCACGCUGCUGGGGACCACGUGCAUCACCAACCAUACGUGCAGCAAUGCUGACGAGAUGUUCUGCGAGAUGGUGAAGUCCAACCGGCUCUGUGAACGGAAGCUGUUCAUUCAGUUCUGCUGCCGCACGUGCCUCCUGGCUGGGUAGGGGCACCCAGCCGACGGCAGGGGGCAGGGUCCCUCCUGUCCGUCCGUCCGUCCGUUCAGCAGCCUUUCUCCAGACCGUCAGCCACAGCCUGUUUGGGGGGUGCCCUGCGUCUGACAGCUUUAUCUCCCCAGGAGCAAGGUCCUUCUGCAGCAUCUCUGAGCACCCAGCCCAGAUGGGUGGUGGGCCAUAAGGGGGUGUUCUUCAAACAGUGACAGGCUCUCAAACUCUGCUUGCUGGCUACAUUCUUCUGGCAAACUUAAGAUGGAAACACAAAGAAUUCUGGGAAUCCAUAGCUCCAGCUUCGGGGCAGCCUCUGGGACCCUAAGUUUACUGAAUCUUCAAGACCAAAGCAGAAAGGCAAGAUGCUUGGCUUCACACACCACUCUUCUCCCCGUGCUUUUGUGCAGCCUCACAGUGAAUCUCACCCACCAGGCCUGGGACAUCCCCACGCGUGAUGCCCGGCCGAGCGCGCACCUACUCCCCCACCUGCCGCGGAGCAGCCUGGGGACGGUUUGGUCAGGCUGUAAAUAAAAUAGACUUGGGGGGCAUAAAAUAUAUGACCACUGGGGAUGGAGCAUCCAUUCCUACACAGUCAGCUACUUCUGGAACUGCAGCGAUGUCUUAGAACGUCCCAGUUCCAAAUCUGGACGGGAAGACCCUUUGUUUCUCUGCCGCACUGUCCCGUAGGUGAGCUGAGCGCCCCUUGUCACCACGUCUCUGGGAGCCUCCUGGCCCGAAUGAUCACCUCUACUUGAUACAGAGCCUUCUGGGGAGGGUCCCCAGGAAGCAUCCCAGGGACCAGCCGAGAGGAGCCCCAUUGACUAAGCAAUUCCUCUUGCCAAAAUGUAAACCCAACCCGUGAAUCAUUAAUCUUAUCACCGCCCAUUUCGUGGAAUUGCUUUUGAAAUACACUUGGCCUCUGCUCUUCAGGAAACUUGUUCUUAAGGUAGAUGCUCCUGUGUCUGUGUACUAUGAGCCUAAUGACACGGUUGGAUUUAUUUCUGCCAAACCUGUGUAGGCAUUUUAUAAGCUACAUGUUCUAAUUUUUACCGAUGUUAAUUAUUUUGACAGAUAUUUCAUAUAUUUUCAUUGAAAUGCACAGAUAUGCUUGAUCAAUUCCCUUUAAUAUGGGAGUGACAUUUGCCUUAAAUUUUUUCAAGCUUGUUCUCCAUUUUGUCCUGCUCCCCUCUUUGACUAUAAUGCGUUUGCCUUGUCCCCUAGGAGCUGGGGGAAACCCAGCUGUUUAUUGAAUCCACAACUUCAAAAAAGAAAUCCACAGAGCAAAUACAAUGUUAACCCUAAGUUAAUAAAAGAGUUAACAUCCCAUGACCAAGACGCCUGUAUUUCUUUCCAAGACACAACGAUUAAAUGUAGGUGUUGACCAA